AUGGGGGACUUCAACGAAGUCAGACAUGCCGACGAACAGCUCAAUUCGAGGUAUGAUCCUAACUCUUCUUCUGCCUUUAACUGUUUCAUCAGCAGGGUGGGAUUUUUGGAAUACCAGAUGGUCGGGGGAAAGUAUACGUACAUACCCGAUAAUUUGGAUGUCAAGUUCAGCAAACUCGAUCGGAUUUUUGUUUGUGAGCGUUUUUUGGAUAAAUGGCCGCUAGCUAACCUUAAAGUCCUUAACAAGGGAUGGUCUGACCACUGCCCAGUGGUCCUUAACUGUGCAGCACUGGACUUUGGGCCGACCCCGUUCAAGAUGUUUAAUUCUUGGGUGGGCUCCAAGGAGGUGACUGAAAUUGUAAACAGAAAUACAGGGGCCUGGGUGUUGAACAGUAAAGGGGAUUUAGCUUUUGCUAAGCUGCUGAAAGGGAUAAAAGGAGAUUUAAAGAAAUGGAGAGAGUUUAAAUGUUUUCAAGAGAACCUCGAGCUAGUUACUUUUUCCAAUAACGCUCAACUAUUAGAGAAAAAAGCGGAAUCCAGUGGUCUGAAUGCGGAGGAGAAAAAGGCUCGGGUUAGCAUUCGCCUGAAACUUAAAGAUUUGGAAAUUGCAAAAGCCAAAGACUUGUUGCAAAAGGCCAGAAUUAAAUGGUUAAUAAAUGGCGACGAAAACUCCUCUUUUUUCCACAUCGUUGUUAACAAGAAUAAGGCUUCGAACAGAAUUCAUGGGCUGACUAUAAACGAGGUUUGGAUCGCUGAACCAAAGACCAUAAAGGAAGAGCUAAGAAAAUUUUUUAGAAAACAAUUUUCCGAACCCAUGCGCCGUAGACCGAGCUUCGUCAAUUGGGAUCUUCCAACUAUUACUACGGAGGAAGCGGAGAUGUUAGUGUCCCCUUUCACAACGGAUGAGAUUAGACUGGCUAUUGAGGGGUGUGGCGGGAAUAAGGCACCGGGGCCCGAUGUUGUCGGCAGUCAUGGAGGAUUUCCACUCGUCGGGGGAGAUUAUUGUUGGCUGCAAUGCUUCGUUUAUAGCAUUGGUCCCUAA